GUAUUGCAUCUUGCCUCGCCAAACAACACGCUUCAACUUUCACCUUAAUCAUCCUCAUUUCACCAUGGCUACUGUUCAGGACCUAUUUGCUCAAGGCAGCCACGCCUUUGCGGACGAGGACUACGAAGAAGCCCUCAACUUUUACACAAAGGCCAUUGAGAUCAAUGCAUCUCAUGUCGAGAUUUUCUUAAAAAGGUCGACUACCUAUCAAAAGCUGGGUAAGGACAAAGAGGCUUACGAAGAUGCACUUAAGGCAUUGGAGUUAAUCAAGGAAAGGCCUUCAGUCGAUGUCUCUGUUGAGGCAAAAGCUCAGCUUCGAAAGGGAGUUGCAGCUUAUCAUAUCCAGGACUAUCAAACUGCAAAGGCAGCUUUGGAAGCAUGCCACGCUCUCAGCCCUGAGCAGAGAACGUUGGCAAGCUGGAUGCGUAAGGUUGACCAGGAGCUUGCCAAACAGCCUAAAACUAUCCCAGCCCCAACUCCUACCUCUGCGUCUGCUGCCACCUCGACUGCGGCAGCUGCCCCUGCACCUACCCCCGCUCCCGCCCCUGUUCCCGCUCCAGCAGUGACCCCCGCUGUUCACCGUGUCAGACAUGAGUGGUACCAAAAUGAUACCUAUGUUACUAUCAGUGUUUUCAUCAAGAAUGUCAAGAAAGAGUCUGUUGACAUCAAUAUCACUGAGAAUGCUUUGUCGGUUUCUGUCAAGAUGCCUACUGGCUCGGAUUAUUCUCUGGAGCUUGAUCCAUUGAGCCACGCUAUUGUGCCCUCAGAGAGUAAAUAUGAGGUGCUGUCGACCAAGAUUGAGAUCCAGCUCAAGAAGGCGAGCUUUGGUAUCAAGUGGGGAGCUCUUGAGGGAGAUGAUGUGAAUGCAGGUUCAAUGGCCAGUACCACAGCAUCCGCUGUGCCAGCUUAUCCUUCCUCAUCCAAAAAGUCAAAGAACUGGGAUGCUUUGGAGAAAGAGGCUGCCAAGGAGGAGGAAAAGGCUGAUGGUGAUAAGGCUUUGAACCAGCUCUUUGCUCAGAUUUACAAGGAUGCAGAUGAUAACACAAAGCGCGCCAUGAUGAAGAGCUUCACUGAAAGUAAUGGAACCUGCUUGUCAACCAACUGGGACGAGGUCAGCAAGGGAACUGUUGAGACUCGUCCCCCUGAGGGCAUGAUCGCCAAAAAGUAUGCGGCGUAAAGCGCUUUUCAAUAGUAACAAUCCGAGAGAUUGCGUUUGGUUUUUUUUUACCAAUUGCAAAUAUACAAAUACAAAUCAUUUAAGCUAGGCUAGUCUGAGAGAUAUAUUUUUCUCAGGUCAAUAUAAUAAAUUUUUUUUUCUUUUUUUUUUCUGUG